UGUCUGACAAUGGUUCAUCCAUUACUUGCUCUCACCAAUUUUUUUUUCCCUUCCAUUAAACAAUUCUUCAAGUAUCACUUCCUCAUCACCUAUAUAUGUAAGCAUAUAUCCCUCUCUUCUGUUACAAUUCCAAACUUAUACACCAACAAAAUAUAUAUAGAUAUACCCCCUUGUCUCUUUCUCUCUCUAAACUUGAUGUUAACCAUGGAGGUGGGUAUGAUGAACAAACAAACUAAUUUUGGUUCAAAGCCAACUUCAGCAGCAGUAGCCAUGCACAGAGAUUCACAAACAAUAUCAAAAGUGAAGCCAAAGAUUCGCAUAAUUCACAUAUUUGCGCCAGAGAUCAUCAAAACAGACGUGGCGAACUUCCGAGAGUUGGUGCAGAGACUCACCGGAAAACCCACAGAAAGCAGCAGCAAGAAGAAACCAAGAAAAGGAAAUGGAGCGGGUUUGAAGAAGCCGGCGGCGGGGGUGACUAAGAAAAUGGAAGUGCAAAAGGGGUAUCAUUUUGUAGGGUUUAGGGAGAGAAUUAAGGGGGAAGAAGAGAUGUGGAGUAAUAAUAAUGGUGAUCAGAAUUCAGGAGGUGGUGGAUUCUUAGGUGGAUUUGCUGAUUUGGAUGGGUUCAUGCAAGAGCUUAAUCAAUUUCCUUUGGAUGCUUCUCAUGUCGAUGCCUUUGGAGAGUCUUCAACUUGCCUAGCUAUCUAGCUGCUUCAUCUUAAUCUAUGACUCUUAAUUUCAUUAAUUAUUCAAUCUUUUGUUAUUGCUUUCAUUUUAGGCUGUUUAAUUAACUCAAAUUUCAUUCUCUCUCUCUCUUUGUUGUUCGUUCUCUCUCUAUUUAAUUAUAUGAAUUUCUUUCAA